CGCUGCAGGAGCGAUCGGAACAUCAAAAUCAACACCCAGCCAGAACACGUCAUUUUAACGCGACAAUCAAUCCAGUAAGGCCUUCUAAGGCCCCAGGAACCGCUAUGGAGGUCCUAAACCCCCCAUGGUGGUGGCCUUCCGAGCGCGUCGAGGUGGAUGCCCCUGAGCGGGAUACCACCACCACCAACACCAACACCGAUAUAUCGAGGGGCCUCUAAGGCCCUGGGGAUGCCUGCGGAUCUAGAACAGGACCUAAGCAACAGCGAAUCCAGCAGAGCCCUAAGCAGGGCCAGUUCUAGGAGUAGCCGGAGCACAUGAAGUGCCCAGAGUAUCCAAAAACUGGGGGGAAGAAGCCAAAUACAGCUGGGCCUGAACUGAAAUCCAGGACAAACCCAAUAUAAGCAAUGUCAAGCCCCGGUGGAACCCCUAGAGAAUCAGGAGCUUAAAUAUCAGAUAGAGCUAGAGGAGAUAUAGGCCUAUAUUAAUCAGAUAAUAGAGGCCCAGAUAGCCCAGCAACACACCUGC